AUGCUAAGGUCGGAACAAGGCAAGAAAGCCCUUUUGAUGCUACGGUCCGAACAAGAAAAGAGACGUGGAAAACAGUGCGGUUUCGGUCUUCUCAAGACAUUCGUUUUGAUUUUACGUAUCGAACGAGUUCGGCGACGUUCACCACAGUGCCAUCCAUGGACUCGCCCGCCCAGCUCCGGCUUUAUGGCCAUUAGUCAAACAGAGAGCUAUAAAUGGGCAUCCCCACGUACUACGUCCCAUCCAUCUUUAGGUGGAAAAAUACUUUCUAAUCAUAUUAGAAGGUAUUAUAGACAGAACUCUAUGGCGAUAAAAUGUAUGGUUUCUGUCAUAACUCUGGCCUCUGUAUUAUCAAUUAUAAUGGUAUCGGACAUCGUCAUUGCUGCACCCUAUUUCAACGUUAUUACAGUCGGUGACGAGACCGGGUGGACACGUGACUUUGACUACCAGGCGUGGGCAAAAGGCAAAAAAUUCCCUGUUGGAGACACGCUAGUGUUCAAUUACCCUAAGGGUUUUCACAACGUGAUGAUGGUAAACGGCUCGGCAUUCAAAAACUGCGUAAAAGAAUCAAAUUCGAGAACUUUAGAGAGCGGCCAGGACAAGAUAGUAUUGAAGGCCGCUGGGAAUAUGUGGUUCCUCUGCGGAGUGGGCGAGCAUUGCGAAAGCGCUCAGAAGCUCAAAAUAAAAGUUCUUGAAAGUAAAUUUCCCUUUCCGAUUCCUCUUCCACCUCCACCUAGUGAAAGUUCUUGGCCUUUUCCAAUUCCUUUUUCACCUCCACCUGCUGAAAGUAAAUGGCCUUUACCGAUUUUUUCACCUCCACCUGCUGAAAGUAAAUGGCCUUUACCGAUUUUUUCACCUCCACCUGGUAAAAGUAAAUGGCCUUUACCGAUUUUUUCACCUCCACCUGAAAAUAAAUUCCCCUUUCCGAUUCCUUUUUCACCUCCACCUGCUGAUAGUAAAUUGCCUUUUCCGUUUCCUUUUCCAUCUCCACCUGCUGAAAGUAAAUUGCCUUUUCCAAUUCCUCUUUCACCUCCACCUGCUGAAAGCAAAUGGCCUUUUCCUCUUCCGUCUCCACCUGCUGAAAGUAAAUGGUCUUUCCCGAUUCCUUUUCCACCUGCAUCAUCACCACCACGAAAAACAUUGUACUCUAAGUUUCCUUUUGGCCCAUUAACACCUGAACCAGCACCAUCACCAUCACCAUUCUCCAUCAAUUUUCCGUUUCCCGGUACUUCCCCUGCACCUGUAGCAGCACCAGCAGCAUAA